UAAAAAAGAAGAGGACCCAACCAAUUGCACCACGACCGGAUGAAGAGCUCAGCUGACAAACCCAGCCCAGUCUAGGGAAGCUUGGGGUUUAGCUGCUUAUACUUCAGGAAAGUCUGAACUCAGUUAUCGCAAUUUUUGAAGCAUGACCUGAAUGAAUUCAGUCAUUAUCGAGUCAAACUAAACCCAGUGAAAGGUUGCUACCACUGAAAUAGGAAACUUCUGAAGCUAUAAGAACUACACACAAGGGACAUGUCAUUUAGCACCUCUUUUUGAUCACCACUUGGAGACAGAAGUCACACUGUAACAAUGGCAACUACUUCAGCAGGGGGCUUGCCUUGCUCCUCCCAUGGGAUGCUCUUCAUAACUAAUCACAGCGACCAAGCCCCACAGAACUUCUCAAGAGCCUCAAAUGUUACCAGCUGCUACAUGGAGGAAGGAUUACUGUCUACUUUGCUAACAAUAUUCUACUCUGUUAUUUUCAUCGUGGGACUGGUUGGAAACAUAAUUGCCCUCUAUGUAUUUCUAGGUAUCCAUCGUAAGAGAAAUUCCAUUCAAAUUUACCUACUGAAUGUAGCCAUUGCAGAUCUUCUGCUCAUUUUCUGCCUUCCUUUCCGAAUAAUGUAUCAUAUUAACCAAAACAAGUGGACAUUAGGUGUGAUUCUCUGCAAGGUUGUAGGAACACUAUUUUAUAUGAAUAUGUACAUCAGUAUCAUUUUGCUUGGAUUUAUCAGUUUGGAUCGCUACAUAAAAAUUAAUCGGUCUAUACAACAGCGGAGGGCAAUAACAACCAAGCAAAGUAUUUAUGUUUGCUGUGUAGUAUGGAUAAUUGCUCUUGUUGGAUUUUUAACUAUGAUUACUUUAACACUUAAAAAAGGAGGGCACAAUUCCACAAUGUGUUUUCAUUACAGAGAUAAGCAUAAUGCAAAAGGAGAAGCAAUUUUUAACUUUGUUCUUGUGGUAAUGUUCUGGCUGAUUUUCCUACUGAUAAUCCUUUCAUAUAUUAAGAUUGGCAAAAAUCUAUUGAGGAUUUCUAAAAGGAGGUCAAAAUUUCCCAACUCUGGUAAAUAUGCCACUACAGCGCGCAAUUCCUUUAUUGUACUAAUCAUUUUUACUAUAUGUUUUGUCCCCUACCAUGGCUUUCGAUUCAUAUACAUUUCUUCACAGCUAAAUGAAUCAUCUUGUUACUGGAAGGAAAUUGUCCACAAAACCAAUGAGAUCAUGCUGGUUCUCUCAUCUUUCAAUAGCUGCUUAGACCCAGUCAUGUAUUUUCUGAUGUCCAGUAAUAUUCGCAAAAUAAUGUGUCAACUUCUUUUUAGACGAUUUCAAGGUGAAGCAAGCAGAAGUGAAAGUACUUCAGAAUUUAAGCCAGGAUACUCCCUGCAUGAGACAUCUGCAGCAGCUAAACUGCAGCACAGCCCUAACGGUAUUUGAGGCACACAUAUGAAACAGGGUGAUGAACUCUAACCUCUUAUUCUUUGAAUGUCUAAAAAAGUAUGGCAUAAAGCUUUAGCAUUUAUAAACAAACCUUCUCAAAGUUCUGUGUAUACUUCUGAUAGUUUGCUUAACUGUAACAUUUCAAGGCAAAGAAAAGCUUAUAUGUAUCACUAAACAUGUAAAAUCUUGUCAAAAUAUGUUGUUAAGCUAGCACUCUUAACAUGGAUUAGAAAGUUAAGUGCAAUUCAUUGCUUUAACAACAAAAUAAAGUGUCAAUGUCUCUCAAAGUCACUAAACUAGUUACCAGAAUCAAGCACUUGAUACUAAUUUAAAGUAAAUUAAAUGAUUUGGGGGCUGACUUCAAAUGUCAGAAAAUAUACAUUUAUUGUCUUUUUAAAAGCCUGUAUAGUUUGCUACUGUAUUCAUUUAUGCCUAAAUCUGUAUUAACAGAUUAAAUAAUAAAAUUCUAAUAAAAAUAAGA